AGGAGGCGGCAUGUCGGACUCCGACGAGUUCGAGUACGAGUCCGAUGACGACCCCUACGGCGGCGGCGAGGACGAGGUGGGCGACGAGGAGGCCAUCCAGAUCGAGAACACGUUCUACGAGGCCGACGACAACAAGGCGAGCUACCCGGAGCAGGCGCUGGAGCAGUUCCAGAAGGUGGUGACGCUGGAGACGCAGAGGGGGACGGAGGUGGUGUGGAGAUUCAAGGCGCUGCAGAACAUGGUCAUCCUCUGCGCCCGGCUGGGGAAGCUGAAAGACAUGGCCACCCGCUACCGCGAGCUGCUGAGCUACAUGGACCAGGUCACCAGGAACGACGCCAGCGAGGCGAUCAACAACGUCCUCGACUCGGCAUCGUCGACGAGCGAGCUCUCGAAGCUCGAGACGAUCUACGAGCUCACCUUGGACGCCCUGAAGGCAACGGCCAACCAGAGGCUUUGGUUCAGCACCUCCGUGAAGCUCGCGAAGCUGCACCUGGAGAUGGGCGACGUGCAGAAGCUUCAGCGCCUGGUGAAGACCCUGCACAAGACGUGCCAGACGCCAGACGGGUCGGACGACGUGAGCAAGGGCUCGCACCUUCUGGAGGUGUACGCCCUGGAGAUACAGAUGUGCACGCUGACCAAGAACUCGCUGAGGAUGAAGGAAAUCUACCCGAAGACCAUCAACCUGACCUCGGCCAUCGCCGACCCACGCAACAUCGCCGUCAUCCGCGAGAGCGGGGGCA